AUCGUCCUUCCCCUCUUUUUUUCCGUCGCUUGACACCCCACGUUGUGCGCGUUGUCCGCUGCGAGUAGCCCACUACACAUACCACCCCAUGCUAUCCUUCUCUGUCUCUCCCAUCUCUCCAUCUCUGACACUGCUGAUUAUUCUUCAAAGAUCUUUGCCGCCUCGACUUACCGCUCAUGUUUGUUAUGGUGAUCAGUAGACACCGCUUCGGUUUGAGAUAAUACUUCCGGGUGAGAAGUGCCCCGGAGGAUCCUUUAAGGACCUUCUGACAUGUGAAUGUUGUUAACUUUAUAUUUUUUCAGUUUUGGUAGAGUGUUUGUUUACGGGUGGGAAUGUAACUUCGCGCGGAAGGAUUGGUGAUUGUUUAUAAUGUAGCCCUUGUGAUUUUUGAAUAAUGACUAUUAUUUGUUCUGUCGCAACGAUAUUUGCGUUAUUUGUAAUUCUUUUUUCUUGGAUGUUAGAAGCAAAAGUUUCAGUCAAGCAACAAACUUUUUCCUACUACGAUAUGUACAUGGACACCACUAUUUGCAGAACAGUACCUGGACUAACCAAAGAACAGAUAGAACUUUGUUAUCAACAGCCAGAUGCCACAACGGUGGCUCUGGAAGGACUAAACCAAGCCGUCAAGGAAUGCCAAUAUCAAUUUCAAGAUAGCAGGUGGAAUUGUUCUUCUUUGGAAACCAGAGGGCAAAACCCAUAUAUCAGUUCAAUAUUGAAGAAAGGUUACAAAGAAACAGCUUUUGCUCACUCAAUGACCUCAGCAAGCGUGGCUAUCUCCAUAGCGAGGGGAUGUAGUGCUGGAAUUCUGAUGAACUGCGGCUGUGAUUCCAAGAUAUACAAAAUCAGAAAACCCAGGGAAAUGGUAAAAACCGAUUGGAGAUGGGGAGGUUGCUCACAUAACAUACGCUACGGUCUCAAGUUUUCUAAGAUGUUUCUGGAUUCAAGAGAAAAGGCUGAGGAUAUGCAGUCUAAGAUUAAUCUACACAAUAAUCAAGUGGGGAGGAGAGCAGUUUCAAACAACAUGAAGUUGGUUUGCAAAUGCCAUGGGAUGUCCGGAAGUUGCGAACUGAAAACUUGUUGGAGAGCUGCACCUGACUAUAGAGCUAUUGGUAAAGAACUCAAAGAAAGAUAUAACCAAGCAGUCUUAGUUGACCAGACCAAUUUUGGAAAGAAAAACCUUCGAAAAUUUAAUAUGAUUAACCAAAAGGCACACAGAAAAAAUUCGAAACACAAACAAUGGACUCCUCGCAAAAACAAACACAAAAGAGACCUCUCGUACGAUCUCCUUUACUACGAAAAAUCCCCCAGUUUCUGCGAGAAGGACCCAGGAACGGAUAUUCCGGGAACAUCUGGACGCAUCUGUAACAUAACCUCAACUUCAACAGAUAGUUGUGAAAAUCUCUGUUGUGGCAGAGGUUACAAUCUCAUCAAGAAGAGAAAAGUCGAAAGAUGCAACUGUAAAUUUAUAUGGUGUUGUCAGGUGGAAUGUCAGACUUGUAGUCAUGAAGAAUGGAUCAGUAUUUGCAAAUAAUCUACUCAGUUAAUAUUUGUCCGGAUAGUUAAGUCAUUUUAAAUAUUAACGUAUAAUGUUCUUUCUAUUCAGUAAAAACUUAUUUUUAAAUAACAAAUUCUGGAAUUUGGUAACUACUUGAAAUUAUGACAAUUAAUGAGGUAUUAAAGUGUGCUAAAUCUCAGCUAGAUCGACAAAAUAGUUGUAAGUUAUUCAAACUGUUUAUCUCGGAUAUUGCGAGGACUGAGAACAAAAAUUUUCCAAGCGCCAUUUCAUAAAUUUUUCAGGAGACAAAUUUCUAAUUUUAGACUAUCAUAACUUCGUUAUUUGACGGACUGUAAAUUUUAAAAUUAUUUUAUACUACAGUGUGGUAAAUUGUGAUAACGCCUCACGUUAGAUAAUGUCAUAAGUAAGAUUCUAAUGUGCAAUUUUGUAACGUAUUUACUGACGCCUGCAGUGUACUUGGAACCUUAUUGCACUAUAAGCCGUGUACUUGAAACCUUAUGGAAUUAUAAGAUAAUCAUUUCACAAAAAAUUUUAAAUUUUCCAAAAAUUAUUAGCGCAAUUGGUGAAAUUAAGGUAUACAUUUCAAAAUAAAACGAAUAUUUAUUUUUAAAUAGAAGAUCAUAAUAAACACAGAACAUAUUUUUCCUAAAUUUAGCUUAAACCACAGAACUUAAAAUGUAAAUAAAAAAAUACUUAUUUUUACUUUUAAAAAUAAAAAAAAAUUUAAAUAAAAUACAAAUAAAAUGUUAAAAGUAUAUUUAUUUCGUUUAAAUCAUAUAAUAGAUGUAUAACUUGAAAUGUGCAUACAAAGUACAGACACAUCCUAUUUUUUUAAAUUUUUGUUUUAAUAAGAGUUUUUAAAAAGUAGUAAGUAUUAAAAUUAGUUUGAUGUUUAAAUAAAAUAAAAAUAAACUAUUACAGUGGCGCACAUAGUACAAUUUUCCUUUGGGGGGGGGGUUGGCUUGGGCACCGAAAUUUUUUGUAUUGUUUGUGAAAGACAAGUUACAUUUUUUUAUAAGUGCUGAGGAGGGGGUCAAACUCCCCCUGGGUACGCAACUGAAAGUAUAUUUGUUUCGUUGAAAUCAUAUAAUAAAAGUAUAACUUCUUACGUACACACACUCUUAAUUUUUCUAAAGUACUUGUCGCUUGGAACCUUAUUGCCCGAACCUGAAAGUAUUUCACGUACUUGAAACCUUAUUUCAUCAUUGAUUACACCGCCAUCUAAAAACAAUUCAAAGUUUUUCAACUAUCAUUCGAUGCAGAAUUCUUUAUUAAAUAGAAUUUUUUAAAAAACCGAUUUUGUACAAAAUGUCGCCUGGAACCCUAUUGUUCUCAACCCUCGAUUGAUUAUUUAAAUAAAACUUAGGCGAGGCAAUAAAGCAGUCAUCAUCAUCAUCAUUCCUCAACCUCUUGCAUCCACUGUUGGAUAUAGGUCUCCUCCAUAUUCUUCCAUUGUUCUCUAUCUUGUACCUUCUGUAUCGAAUUUCCCACUGUUUUUUUCAAGUCAUCCAUCCAUCUUUUAGGUUGUCUACCUUGGUGUCUUUUAUCUUCUCUAGGUCUCCACUCUAUGAGUAUUUUGGUCCACCCAUUUUCAUCUAAACGUGCUACAUGUCCAGCCCAUCUCCGUUGUCUUUUGCAAUUUUUUCUAUGACAUCUGUCACUUUGGUCCUCCCUCUCAGUAUCAUAUUUAGUACCAUAUCUCUUCUUGUUUUUAUUAACAUCGCUCUUUCCAUUUUUCUUUGGGUUAUUCUUAAUUUAUUUGCAGAAUGUUUAGUCAAAGUUAUGGUUUUGGAACCAUAUGUUAUUACCGGAAGUAUGCACUGGUUGUAAACUUUUUCCUUCAAGCAAAUCGGUAACGUUCCUUUUAGAAUAUGUCGCAUCUUGCCAAAUGCUGCCCAUCCCAAGCCUAUACGACGCUGGAUCUUACAAGUUUGAUUGUCUUUUCCUAUUCUAAUUUCAUACCCUAAAUAGAUAUAGCUAAAAACUUAAUGUACUUCGUGUCCACCUACUCUCAUAACAUCACUUGGAACUAGAUUGGUCAUGUAUUUUGUUUUUUGAAAGUUUAUGUUCAGGCCCACUUGUCAUAUUGCAUGUUUUAAUUCUUCGAUCAUUUUGUAAGCUUCAUUUAAACUCUCGGCUAUAAUGACAAAGUCAUCUGCAAAGCGCAAGUGGUUCAGAUAUUCACCAUCAAUAUUUAUUCCCCUUUUAUCCAAAAUCCAGUGUUUUAAAUGCAUAUUCCAAAGCUGCAAUAAAUAGUUGGGGAAGGUGGUGUCGCCCUCCAUCUCCUCAAAUAAAGCAGUAAAAAUCCCAAAACAAAUUUUAGCCCAUACCAAAUUUGGAUGAAUCUCAGUUAAACUUUUUUAUUCGAUUCGUAAGAGCAUUAGGAAACUUUUUCAACAAAAUUUUGAUGACGAAAUGAAAAUUGCAUUAUUGAACAAGGAAAAUGCAUUCCCCAAAGACAUUUCGAAGUGACGAAAAAUGUGGAAAUUUGUAAUUAGGAAAUAAUUGACAAUUUUGCUACCCGGGGGUUUCUGAGCUCCUGAGAUUCUGAGAUGAUCUCCGCUCCGAGAUACCUGGUGUUCAAGAUAGGCCUCAUCUCCUGCAGUUUUAUGGAGAUUGGAUACAAAAUCAACGCAUAUUCAUUACUCGAGGUUUUUGGGGUCGCUGAACACAAAUAUUACGUCAGCGAUAGUCUUCGACGCACAUGGUGACCAGGACAGACCUCAUCUACUGCAGUUUUAUAUAAAAUCAGUUUAAUCUUGUUACUCGGAGGUUUAUGGGAUCUUUGAACAUGAAUAUCAUGGCGACGAUGGUUUCUGAAUCAACUAAUGAGCAAGACCAACUGAUUUUGGAUUGAAUUACCAUGAAAGUACUGUAGAUAAAUUCCCUCCUAGGCACCAGGGGUCUCAGAGACCAUUUGAGACAUAAUUAUCGUAUUCAGUGACCCCAAAAACCUUUCAAGUAACGAGUUUCCAGUGAUGUUAUAUCGAAUUUCUACAAAACUCCAGGAAACGAGGCCUGUCCUGGUCACUAAGUGAGUCGAAGACAAUCGCCGUUAUAAUGUGCGUGAUCAGCGACACCAAAGACCGCCCGAUUAACCACUUAUUACACCGAUUUUGUUUCUAAUUUUCACAAAACUCAAGGAGACGAUGCCCAUUCUGGUCACCAGGUUCGUCGUCAUGAUAUUCGUAAUUAACGUCCCAAAAAACCGACGAGUAAUAGACCAAUAAAAUAAAAUAAAAUCAAAAUGUAAUUCCGUACAGGUUGGAAUAAAUUUUUUAUCA